CUCACCACCCGGAUACUGUUUUCAUUUUGUCCACCGUUACCCUUCUAGGCUGUCCCCUGUCACGCUUGCCCACGUACUACUACAGUAGCUAUGUGUGUCUCUUCCACUCGAUACGGUCGCGUAUGCGUGUCGGGAUAGUGGCUAGCCGUGAAGGGGUUACCCACCCGUUGCGUCACCGUCCAGCUAUGGUGUCAGUGUAUAGCGGCGGGUCGCAUACUCUAAGCAAGGAUGACGUGAACUACAGAAUGCAUUUCCGAAUGAUAAACGAGCAGCAGGUCGAGGACAUCACGAUAGAGUUUUUCUAUCGGCCUCACACCAUCACGCUCCUGACAUGCACGGUGCUGAGUUUGAUGUAUUUCGCCUUCGCAAGAGAUGAUGGAAAUCCAGAUAGUAAUCUAUGGGUGGGCCUCAUUUUGGUCAUCUCUUUCUUCCUUGUCAUCAGUGUUUUGGCAUUUCCUAAUGGUCCAUUUACUAGACCACAUCCAGCAAUAUGGAGAAUAGUCUUUGGCCUGAGCGUCCUCUACUUCCUCUUCCUGGUUUUCCUCAUCUUCCUGAACUGGCAGCAGGUUAAACAGUUAAUGUACUGGCUGGAUCCAAACCUGCGCUACGCCAAAAGAGAGGCAGACAUAAUGGAGUAUGCGGUCAACUGCCAUGUCAUCACCUGGGAGAGGAUUCUGAGUCAUUUUGACAUCUUUGCCUUCAGCCAUUUUUGGGGCUGGGGCAUGAAAGCUCUGCUCAUCCGAAGUUACGGCCUGUGUUGGACCAUAAGUAUUACCUGGGAGCUCACCGAGCUCUUCUUCAUGCAUCUCCUGCCCAACUUUGCUGAGUGUUGGUGGGACCAGGUGAUUCUAGACAUUCUGUUGUGUAACGGUGGAGGCAUCUGGCUGGGCAUGACGGUGUGCCGCUUCCUGGAGAUGAGGACCUACCACUGGGCCAGUAUUAAGGACAUCCACACCACCACAGGCAAGAUCAAGCGAGCCGUGUUACAGUUCACGCCGGCGAGCUGGACCUACGUGCGCUGGCUGGAUCCCAAGUCUUCCCUGCAGCGAGUGAUGGGCGUCUAUCUCUUCAUGAUCAUUUGGCAGCUAACGGAGUUGAACACGUUUUUCCUCAAACACAUAUUCGUCUUUCCUGCAAGCCACGCCCUCAGCUGGUGUCGGAUCCUGUUCAUUGGCAUUAUCACAGCACCAACAGUCAGGCAGUAUUACGCGUACCUCACAGACACACAGUGUAAAAGAGUUGGGACCCAGUGUUGGGUGUUUGGGGCUAUCGCCUUCCUGGAGGCCUUGGCAUGCAUUAAAUUUGGACAAGACUUAUUCUCCAAAACCCAGAUCCUGUAUGUGAUCCUGUGGCUACUGUGUUUGGCCUUCAUUACAUUCCUGUGUCUGUAUGGAAUGGUUUGGUGUGCAGAGACCUAUGGGCAAAGAGAAAAGAGCUUCUCAGAAUGCGAGGACAGCAAUUACACAGACUUCACUGACCUUGGGUUAGAAGCAUUUAAAGGAGACAUGGAAGGCGACAGCCCGAAAGUAAGACUGAGAGGAAAGAGACUGGGAAAGCUGAAAUCCACAAAUGGGCUGGAGAGCCAGUAAACACACCUCAGAAAGGUUUGGCAGGGGGGCAUUAAGAUAUGGUUGUAAGCCCACUAUUCCAGAAGUGACUAACAGGUCCAUGCAGUGUUUGUAGUGCAGCACAGACACCACACCAAUGUGCUACACUCAUAAAAAGCUCCUUUUCCACUGUUGACAGGUGUGUGUGUGUGUGUGUGUGUGUGUGUGCACAUGUGUAAAUACACAAAAUGUGUGUGUGUGUGCACAUGUGUAAAUACACAAAAUGUGUGUGUGUGUGUGUGUGUGUGUGUGUGCGCGUGUGUGAAAAAGAACGUAACUGCCAACUGUAGAUUGAAUUGCAUGCUCCCAUGUAGUUGAUCAUUUACAGAAAGAAGUAUAUCAUUCAUUACUGGUAGCUCCAGACAUUUCAAUAUUGAAUUGAUCAUAUUCCUUUGAGGCUUUGUGUCUUUGAAUAAUAAUAAUAAUGAUAAUAAUAAUAAUAAUAAUAAUAAUAAUAAUAAUAAUAAUUGAGUGUCAUCUGUUGUCAGUUUACAAGCGUUGUGUAUGUUGUGCACUGUUUGGUGACAAUAACUUGAAUGUGGGCGGGGCUUCCACGCCCUUUUUGACCUGGAACAAAGCAAAGCACACACAGCUAAAGCACUAUGCGGCGCUCAGAAGAAGGGUACAUUUGUUUGGGUACCUUAUUAUACUUAUUAUACUCCCUGUCUCUUGAUGGCUGCUAGUUUUUUUUGUUUUGUUUUUUUGUUUGUUUGUUUACCGUGAUGGUAACGAAGGGCAAAUAUUCAAAUUGAUCAUGGUCAGGCUCGACCUGCCUUGUAUGCAGCUUUGUCGUCAGUCUUGUUACAUGUGCAUGGUUGUGUUACACACUAGGAACACACCAUGGUGGGCAGCAUCUUUCUUUGUGUCUUUCACUGUCAUUGUAAACUUUCAACUCACCUUUUGUGCCUGUCUCCAUAUUUACUGUUGUCUGUGUUGUAUUACGACGAAUUUGUAGUUUUGUGUGUGUUUUGCCCUUGAGUACUUUACUAAUUAAAUAUGUCUCCUCAUUUGCACCAUCAGUAUGAUCUCAUGCAGUAAACAGCCCAUGUGCAAUAUAUCACUUCAUUACUGGAUCAUUCAGAACUUUACAUGCAGCAUAAGGAACAAUAACAUGAACAAAACUACUGAAAUAUACUUUAGAGUAGUCAGUGUACAGCAUGUAUAGCAGUAUAGAUUUACUAUACACUGAAAAUGAGUCAAAAUACUGCCAUUAUUGUGUAAAAAGAACAAGUUUUGUUGCAUUUCGCAGGUUUCAGUUUCGAGUUCUGUCUCUAAAAGCCUGGUUUAUGCUUCUGUGUGGAGGCGCGGCUCGCUCCUCCCCCUACAAAUCCUCUUGCGUAGCGUGACAUGCACCUCCAAACCUCAGAAAAUUUCUUUCAGGUUUGGCAGGUCUGGUACUGCGAUACAAGCUGUACACUGACCACUCUAAAGUAUGUGCGAGUUUACUUUGUAUAGUAUUGUCCCUUGAGAAGAUAUACUGUCAUGAAAAUGGUUGCUGAAAUGUGAGGGGUGUACUCACUGUUGUGAGGUACUGUACACGACACGUUCUCCAAACCUGCAGAGAUCUUUACAAGGAUCUUUUAUUGUAUAUUUUUCAAAUUGUUAGUCGUAGGUGAAAUGGAAAUUGCAUGGUUGCAAUUGUUACGUUAUUGAAGUAUAGCGAUGAUAAAAUUAAUCUUGGUUUGUUGUUUGUUCUUUUCUCGGUUGAUGAUUUAAUCCUGGAUAUUGGAAACAAAGGACCCAAAGCUCUGACAGGAAUGUUAGGGUUUUAUUGAGUGGCUCUGAUAUUAAGUCAUUAUUGAUGUGCUGUUUACAAAAUAUGGACACAAUUUCUGCUUUCUGCUUCUGUUGACGAAGUACAGGAACUUUGGAAAUCCGAUAAUAAUUGUGUCCGCUGCUGUCACAUGUGUUAAUUAGCAUGGGAAGUGCCUUGAACACCUUCUGGUUUUUGCUUCGAACACACACCAGCUGCAAAGCAAAAAGCUGAGCUAUAGUUAUGGGGCCAAAUCACUACAGGUGAAUAAAACAUUAUUAAGUUAAUUAUGCAUUGAUAUUUUUUUAAUCAGCAGGUUCGGAGAACGUGUCAUAUAGAACUUAUUUGUGGGGGGGUUGUUAUGCACUAAAAUCCCCCCAGGACAAUUUGCUCCUUGUGCUUCUUUUGACAAGAUGUAAAAAGUAGAUCCAUAAACAUCCACUGUGCUGUCUGCAUGUCCUCACGCGAUAUGAUAACUCUCCACCUUCAUGUUUCCCUCUUUGCAUGUCAGCUUUAUUGUUCAAUCUUGCAGUUUUGUACAUUUCAAGUACGCUUUUCCCACACUUUUGCUACCUACUGCAUUUCUCCUUUGAGGCCUGUACUUUGUUUUUUGAAUGAUGUGACAUUCGAGUGAUGAUGCACCGCUGAUUUCUAAUUGUCGACAAAUCACACAUUAGUUUGACCAGCAACUGAGCCAGGGUGAGACAUGGUUCCGAUAAAAGGUACAGAUGUUUCCUGGAUUUUAUUUGUUUUCUAUAAAUAUUUUGCCAAAAUGCUCAUCUUUGGAAAUGACUUGUUCUAUUCUAUAUCACUGUGAACUAUUGGAACCGCAUUAAAAGUUUUACAUGUUCUUUCAACUUCAGCGAUGCAUUCUUUUGUGUUAUGUAACUGAACUCAAUAAAUAAAUGUCAUAUCUGUA